UGCUGACUAAGGCGGGCCGGGCCGGGCGGGGACCGGCGGGAGCGGCGGCGGCGGCACCGGUGGCGGCUGCGAGGGGCUCCCGAGCGGCUCAUGGGGACGGCGGCGAGCCACAGCAGCGAGGAGGAGGAGGAGGGCGCCGAAGAGGGCAUGGAGGGGGCGGCCGGCGCGCCCCAAGCCGGCGCGGCCGCGCCGGCGCUGCCGCCGGCCGAGGUGCUGCUGGAGCAGGCCCGGCUGCGGGAGGCCACGGCGCGGCUGCGGGAGGCGGCCCUGCCCGAGCCGCUCGUGUCGCGGCACCACAGCGCGCUGGUGCGAUGGCUGGAGGAGCGGCUGAGCCGCGGCGACGAGGCCGUGAGCCUGGAGCAGUUCUGCGAGGUGCUGGAGAGCGUGUCCCGGCUGGCGGCCGGCUCCCGCGGCGAGAGCGAGGAGGCCUUUGCACAAUUUGAUGCUGAAGGAGAUGGCACUGUUGAUGUGGAGAAUAUGCUGGAGGCUCUCAAGAAUUCUAGUGGAGCAAAUCUUCAGGGGGAGCUGAGCCAUGUAAUCAGGCAACUGCAAGCUUGUUCACUGGUGCCAGGGUUUAUUGAUAUAUUUUCUGAGUCCAAAGAGCGCCUGGGCCUUCACGCCUCGAUGAUCCUGAGGUUCCUGCACAGGAACCGCAUCUCCAGCACUGCCAUCCCCUACCCAGUGCUGGAGUACUUCAACAACAUCUGCACCAUGCGCUCCUCCGUGCUCAAGGACUCCUUGGACCGACUGCUCCUCAAGGAGAGAGAAUACCCCAGUGAUCUGAAUGGUAAUCAGGAGUCAGACAAGCUGAAGUCUGUCACAAAGUGCUACACACACAUCGAAACCUCCUCCAAUUCCGCCGACAUCGACAAGAUGACAAACGGGGAAACCUCCUCCUUCUGGCAGUCGGACGGGAGCGCCCGCUCCCACUGGAUACGUUUAAAGAUGAAACCAGAUGUGGUUUUGAGACACCUGUCCAUUGCAGUGGCAGCUAAUGACCAGAGUUACAUGCCACAGCAGGUCACAGUGGCAGUGGGAAGGAAUGCCAGCAGUCUCCAGGAGGUCCGAGAUGUUCACAUUCCAAGCAAUAUCACUGGCUACGUAACACUGUUGGAAAACGCUAACAUUAGUCAGAUGUAUGUACAGAUAAACAUCAAGCGUUGCCUUAGUGAUGGGUGUGACACCAGGAUCCACGGGCUGCGGGCCGUGGGCUACCAGCGCGUGAAGAAGGUGGGAGUGUCCGUGUGCGACGCCUCGGCCAUCUGGUACUGGUCCCUGCUGACCUCUCUGGUGACAGCUUCCAUGGAAACCAACCCAGCAUUUGUUCACACCAUUUUACAGAAUACUCAGAAAGCACUGCAGCACAUGCCACCUCUAUCCCUAACACCAGGCUCCACAGAUUUUUCGAGCUUCUUAUCACCAAAUGUUUUGGAAGAAGUAGAUAGCUUCCUUAUCAGAAUAACAAGUUGUUGUACUACUCCAGAGGUGGAGCUGACACUCCUGGCUUUUGCCUUAGCCCGAGGGAGUGUUGCCAAAGUGCUGAGUUCCCUUUGUGCCAUCACUGAUCAUCUGGACACCCCAUACAAGGCUUCCUCCCUGAUCUCUUCCAUGGCAGCAGUCAGACAGAACCUGCUCUAUAAAUAUGGAAAGCCUUUACGACUCACUCUGCAAGCAUGUGAUGUAAAGGGAAAAGAAGAUAAAUCAGGGCCUGAAAACCUCCUGGUAGAACCAUGGACUGGGGAUGGUUUUCUUACUGAAACUGGGAAAACCAGAGCAAGUGUCAUUCUUUCUACUGGAACUGAAUCUUCAUUUCAAGUGACACAAAUUAGAAUAAAGGUCCGGCGUGGUGCCAUUGGGGCACAGUGUGGGCUGGUGUUUGCAUACAAUGGUGCCUCAGAAAAGUUCCAUGCUGAGGAACACUUCAGAAGGUUUGAGAGCUAUGACAAAUGGAAGCUGUGGGAAUUCAAACAGUUUUUAAAAAUCAGAAGCAGUUGUUCAUCUGAUGAUUUGGGAGAUGAUGAACCUAUUGGCUGGUUUGAAGUAGAAGAAGAAUGGGAUGAAGUAGAUGUCAAAAUGCAGCAAUGCAGAGUUUCCCAAUACUUGAUGAUAAAGUUCUUGUGCACAAGACAAGAGUCAGCAGAACGCCUGGGGGUCCAAGGGCUGAGUGUCCUGGGCUAUCUGCGGCCCCUGCGGGACGAGCCCUGCAGGACCAUGAGCUGCCUGCAGUGCAGGAGAACUGAGGAGGACACAGUCUGUGGCACAACUCUGCUCCUGAAGACACUUCACUUCAUCCAGCAGCUGGCACAGGAUCUGGUUCAGCAGAAGGAGAGUGGAUUAAAAUACAAGUCAUUUUUAGAUUUCACAGGCCUUGAUUUGCAGCUGUUCUGGAAAUUUUACAAUAAACUGCACCAAAACCCAAGGGAAGAAUGUAUCUUUGCUCAAACACUGCUGUUGCAGCUUCUCCAGAGCUGCUUCUCUGUACUUACUGGAGAUAAUAAAACUGCUAAACCUCAAGAAACUCCUCAGAGCAAAACAGCUGGUCACACAGAGGCUGCAGAAGAGCUUUAUAGACAUUUAUGUGAAGUAGUGGAUAUGGGGGACAGUAACUUCAUGCCAGUGAAAAUGCUGAAAGAGGAAGUUAAGAACACCUUACUCAGUGGAGCAGCAGUUUUUUUCCCAGACAGACAGACCAGGCGACACCAGCUCUUCACCAUGAUGAAAAACAUCACAGAGCAAGAACAUAAGCAAUCUGUACAUCUUGCCUUCAGAUCCUUGUGUACCCACUUCAGUGAUCAAGAUCCAGGUGGACUUUUAUUAUUACCAGAGAAAGGAGUUUCUGCAAAUUUUGACAUAAGUGAAGUGUUGUCAGUCAUGGACACCCUUCUGCUUGUGGCAGCAAGAGAGUGUGAAAUGAUGAUGCUGGAUGUUGCACAGCAAGAGAGUGGCACAGUCUUGUCUUCCUUAUUCUGGUCUGUUCAGGGCAGCCUCCUUUCCUGGUGCUAUCUGCAGCUUAAAGGCACUGAUAAUUCAGCCAAGGAUCUUGCAGUAGAAAUACUUAAAAAUUAUGUGGGCCAGUUCCUGUCAAAUAUCAGAACAAUUUUGCAGUCACUCUUAUCUCAAUAUAGUGGCAAAACAAUAGUUGAAAAAAUAAGUAGCUCUGUCUUUGCUAUGGCAACUCGUCAGCUGGUCAUCUUCUUGUUGGAGUUUUGCACUUUAGACAUUCCCUACUGUACUCUGCUACAGGGAUUCAGCACUUUGAUAGAACCACUGAAAAGCCUUUGUAGUGAACCUCAUAAGGUAACUAAGGACACAGGCACUAUUAAACAUUCUGAAACAAAAGCAAAAUCGCAAGAAAGACAGAAAACUCAGGUGACUCUACUGACAGACAUGGAAAGCUGGCAGCAGGAGCAGCCUGUAGUAUUGAGAACCUGGACAAUGGAAUCACCUCAUAACUAUGAAAAUAAUUGCCACGAGGUCUCAGUCUUCCUGUGUCAUGGGGCAACUUACUUUGAGGUGGAAUUUGAUGACAAAUGUGAAACUGAAAGGAGGUAUGAUUACCUGGAGUUUACUGAUGCCAGAGGGGCAAAAACUCGUUACGAUACAAAGGUUGGCACUGAGAAAUGGCCUAAGAAAGUGACCUUUAAGGCUGGCCCACGGCUGCAGUUUCUCUUUCACUCUGACAGCAGCAAUAAUGAGUGGGGCUACAAGUUUUCCGUCACUGCUUACGGCCUCCCAGACGUUGCCGUGUCUUGGGGCUUGGAUUUACAGCUGCUUGUCUCCAGGCUGAUGGGGCGCUUGGCUUCCCGGAGCAUGGCCCUCAAAUCUCUGCGAGAAUUAGGUAGUGAAGCAGACUUGCCUCCUUUGAAAGUAACCUCGGUUCUUAAUUCCCCUCUGUGGAAACCUGUCUUCAGGCAUCAGCUGUGUCCUGAGGCACUCCUGGGAGCCAGGCAAAACAGUGCCAAGCACCAAGACAAAAACGAGGCUCGGAGCUCUCCCCACGACGUCUGCCGUAAAUUUCUUAUCGACUUUGCAAAAUCAGAUCCUGCCCAGGACUUCAGUGGGCAAAAAUCUGAACUUUUCAAAGGACUUAUACAGGCAUGUAAAAAACAGACCCCAAAGACAGAUAUAGUUGCUGGUCCUACUGUUGAUCAAGCUGUGAACUCAACAUUUGCUGCUUUGGUGUAUCUCACUCCAGAUUUAUUUGAGAAGCUUCAAAAAUAUGUCAACAGUGGAGGCAAGGUGCCUUUGAGUGAUGAGUUUGCACAAGUAUAUUCCCUGGCUGAUUCCAUUAGAAUAUGGAUGUUGGAAAUGAAGCAGAAAUCCCUGAUGGGGAGGGGAAAUGAUGCUGAGGAGAAGCAGAACACAGAAGCAAGUGAGGUGAACCCAGAAACUCUUGCAAAACUCUGUGUGCAGAAGAGCCUUUUGUUACUGAACUUUUUGCCCAUAAGAGCAAAGACAAAAGAUUCUGCCUCAGAGAGUUUGGAAGCCCAAGACAUGGAUGAUCCCCAGCAGUAUGUGAGUGAUCAAUGCCAAAGACAAGGAUCAGCUGUGGACAUGGACUUCCAGGCAGCCCCAUCGGUGUCAUCCAGUGCAGGAAUUCACCCUGUUUCAAAAGAGGGGGGUCAAGCAUCACAGUCUGAUCUGAAAGUUAAACAAAUUCCAGACCUCCACCAAGCAGAGGCUGCAUCUGCAUUUCUUAGUAAGCCUGUUGAGAAUACAGUCUCACAGCAAGAAGAUGUGUCAUCACCUCCUUCCACUCCUACCCGCAAGUCUCAGCUGGGCCGUGGGAGACUGAGGCUGCUGUCCUUCAGGUCAAUGGAAGAGCCAAGAGCUCUGCCUACUGUGAAGGAAAAAUACCCUAUUUUGAAGAGCAUUUUAGACUUUAUUAAGGAUCAGUCACUUUCACAUGAAAGUGUUUUAAAGGUUCUUGCUUUGAGAAAAUCCCAAGGGCAGAGUAUUUUGGAAGUGCUCAAGACCAUCCGCCAGUGCCUGGACUCUCUUGGGCAGCCACACUGCUUUCACCCACCCUGUGUACUUUUUCUCCUAGAACUUCUAGCCUGUCAGAAAGAUUUUACAAACUACUUUGGAAACUUGGAAGGCUGUGGUGCUGAGCUACACAAAGAGAUUAGAGAAUCCUACUACCAGCUUGUUUUGUUCCUGGUAAAUUCUGUGAAGGGAUUCAGUUCAAUUAAUGACAGGUCUUUGCUUCCUGCCUUAUCCUGUGUGCAGACAGCUCUCUUGCACCUCCUGGAUAUGAGCUGGGAGCCCAGUGAUCUUUCCUUCUUUGUUGAGAUCCAGCUGCCACAUCUGCUCAUGACAACAUCACAGGAGAACAUCAGUAUCCAUGACAGUGUCAUUUGUCAGUGGAGUGAAGAAGAUGAAAUUGCAGACUACAAGCAAAACUGUGAAUGGAUGGAUGAAUGUCAGGAUGUAAUGUUUGAGACCUGGUAUGAGAAGAUAGCUCAAGCUGAUCCAGAGAAGCAGAGAAAGAUGCACAUGUUUGUUGCUCGUUACUGUGACCUGUUAAACGUAGACAUUUCCUGUGAUGGCUGUGAUGAAAUCGCGCCGUGGCAUCGCUACCGCUGUCUGCAGUGCAACGACAUGGAUCUGUGCAAAACCUGUUUCCUUGGUGGAGUUAAACCUGAAGGACAUGAGGAUGACCAUGAAAUGGUGAAUAUGGAAUAUGCCUGUGAUCACUGCCAAGGAGUUAUCAUAGGUCGGAGAAUGAACUGCAACGUUUGUGAUGACUUUGACCUUUGCUAUGGAUGCUAUCAUGCAAAGAAAUACUCUGACAGCCACCUGCCCACCCACAGCAUCACGGUGUACCCCAUGGUGACCAUCCGCAUCAGCGACCGCCAGCGCCUCAUCCAGCCCUACGUCCACAAUUACUCCUGGCUGCUCUUUGCUGCCCUGACCCUCUACAGUGCAGAUCUGGCAAAUGGGGAGGAAGUAGAAGGAGAGAAACUGGAUGCCCAGGUCCUCAGUCAUGCCAGAGUUCUGCAGCAUCAGUGCAUCCAGCUCAUUGGGGACUGCCUGAUGAAAGCGCAGCACGGAAAAGGACUGAAGAAUUUAGCUCUCCUCUGCAUGUUACCAGAAGAUGAGUCCAUCUCAGAGAAUGACACUGUUUCAGGCAGUCCUCCCACAGACAGUGCUCCAAAAAGUCAUCCUGGGGAUAGAGCAGGGAAGGGAAGAGAUGAGAAACGCAGCCCAGGCUCUUUGGUGCGUCGCAGUGGGAAAGGAGAUACUCACAAGGAAAUCCAGUCUCCUGCAGAAGAUAAAGUAGGAAAACAAGAAAUUGAAAUCAAACCUGUCUCUGCAAAGAAAGCUGUUGUGAGACAAGAGUCAGACUUGUCUGUGGAUGGCAAUGUUCCUGCAACAGCAGGUGACUGUAUCUCAGAGGAUUCAACCCCAAAACCAACAGAGAAGGUUUUAAUACCUAGCCAGGAACAAGUUUUUGCUGAAUGCUCUCAGAAGAGGAUUUUGGGGCUGCUGGCAGCUAUGUUACCACCUUUCAAAUCAGGCUCCACAAUGUCUCUGAUCAACCUGGAACAAAUACUUCCACUGAUGUUUCAUGUUGUAAUCUCAAAUGCUGGCCACCUGAAUGAAACUUACCAUUUAACCUUGGGGCUCCUGGGCCAGUUAAUCCUCAGGCUUAUGCCUGCAGAAGUGGAUGCUGCUGUCACUAAAAUCCUUUCAGCCAAACAUAAUUUGUUUGUACCAGGAGAUGGGUCUACAGUGCCAGAAGGAUGGAAGACAACUCAUCUUCUGUUCAGUCUGGGAGCUGUGUGCUUAGACAGCCGCGUGGGGCUGGACUGGGCGAGCUCCAUGGCAGACAUCCUCCGGGCCCUCAACUCCUCUGCACAGUGGCACCACGUCAUUGCUGCUUUCACUGACCACUGCAUUAAGCAGCUGCCCUUCCAGCUAAAGCACACCAACAUCUUCACUUUGUUGGUGCUGGUUGGCUUUCCUGAGGUGCUGUGUAUGGGCACUCGUUCUGUGUACAUGGACAAUGCCAAUGAGCCUCACAAUGUCAUCAUCCUGAAGCACUUCACUGAGAAAAACAGGGCAGUGGUUGUAGACAUCAAAACCCGAAAGAGAAAAACAGUGAAAGACUAUCAGUUGAUUCAGAAGUGUGGGCAGGAGGGCAGUGAUUCCCAGACCCAGCUGAGGCAGUACCUGCAGCACUUUGUCCUCAUCUCCACCCACCUCCUGCAGACCAGCAUGGACAGCAGCUAUGCUGAGGCUGUGGAAACAACUUGGGUCUUGUCCCUGGCUCUGAAGGGGCUGUACAGAACUCUGAAGAUUCAUGGCUUUAAGGAGAUCCAGUCUGCCUUUCUUCAGUCUGGCUUGCUCAAACUUCUGGUGAAGAAGUGUAGCAAAGGAACUGGCUUCAGUAAGACUUGGCUUCUCCGAGACUUGGAGAUUUUGUCAAUAAUGCUGUAUUCCUCAAAGCAAGAUAUCAGUUCCCUGGCUGAACAGGAGGAUACUGAACUGGAAGACAGGGAACAGGAUCAAGAUGUGGAGCAGCCUGUUGUUGGUCCUGUUGACUUAGAGCAGAACAAACUUGAUCCUUUGGAGGGCCUGGAUGAAGCCACCAAAAUAUGCUUCUUGAUGACACAUGAUGCACUUAAUGCACCUCUGCACAUUCUUCGAGCCAUGUAUGAGCUGCAGAUGAAAAGAACAGAAUCUUUUUUCCUGGAAGUUCAAAAGAGGUUUGAUGGGGAUGUGAUCACAACAGAUGAGAGGAUCCGGACCCUGGCUCAGAAGUGGCAGCCCAGCAAACGCCUGAGGCUGGAGGAGCAGAGCUCCAAGGCUGUGGAUACAGAUAUGAUCAUCUUACCCUGCUUGUCAAAGCCUGUGCUCUGUGAUAAAGCAACAGAAGAAACCAAUCCUGUUGCCCAGAAGCUGAUCACCAACACAGAGAGUGACCUGCAGCUGAGCUAUGCCAAGCAGCGCCGCACCAAGAGCUCCAUCCUCCUGCACAAGGAGCUGGACUCCAGGAGUAAAAAGGCUGUCAGGGACUACCUGUAUCGUGUCAAUGAGGCUAUUGCAGUUCUCUAUGCCAGGCAUGUGCUGGCAUCCUUAUUAGCUGAGUGGCCUGAUGAUGUGGCAAUCAAUGAGGAAAUCCUAGAUCUCAGUGGCCCAGCCCAUAUGACAUACAUCCUGGACAUGCUGAUGCAGCUAGAGGAGAAGCAGCUAUGGGAAAAAAUUCUGCAGAAAGUGCUGCAUGGGUGCAAGGAGAGCAUGCUGGGGACCAUGGCCCUGACAGCCUGUCAGUUCAUGGAGGAGCCAGGGAUGGCUGUGCAGAUGAGGGAAUCUCAGCAUCCUUACAACAACAACACCAACUUUGAGGAUAAAGUUCACAUUCCUGGUGCUAUCUACCUCUCCAUCAAGUUUGACUCCCAGUGUAACACAGAGGAGGGCUGUGAUGAGCUGCUCAUGUCCAGCAGCAGCGACUUCCAGCAGGAUCGGCACAGCUUCAGUGGCUCCCCCCAGAAAUGGACUGACUUCGAGCUUCCAGGAGACACACUCUACUACAGAUUUACUUCUGACAUGAGCAACACUGAGUGGGGUUAUAAGUUUACAGUGACAGCAGGUCAUCUGGGCAGGUUUCAGACAGGGUUUGAAAUCCUAAAGCAGAUGCUGUCUGAGGAAAGGGUGAUUCCUCACCUGCCCCUGGCCAAGAUCUGGGAGUGGCAGGUGGGAGUGGCGUGUCGGCAGACGGGGCACCAGCGGCUCAAGGCCAUCCACCUGCUCCUGAAGAUAGUGCAGUGCAGCAGCCAGGGGGACUGUGACCUCACCUUAUUGAAGCCACUUUGGCAGCUCUUCACUCACAUGGAAAACAACUCAUGUCACGACUCAGCCAAGCCUGGUAUCCUCCUUCCUCUUCAUCGUGCUCUGGCAGAGCUCUUCUUUGUGACAGAAAACAGAGUUACUGAGCUUGGAUCUCUACAGGAGUAUUUGCUUGCCUUAAAUUCUGAAGAUCAUCUUCAUCGCUGCACAGCACAGGCCCUGAAAAACAUUGCUGCUAUCAGCCUUGCCAUUAACUAUCCAAACAAAUCAACAAGUUUCUGGAAUGUUUAAUACUGGCUCAGGCCGGAGUGCAUGGGAUAGAGUAGUUUGUCCAUAGGACAUGGGAACAAACAUCUUAACUCCAUUCAGGAGAAGUUCCUUCAGCUUCAGUGUAUGAGCACUCUGCAGCCUUCCUUCCUUCCACCUUGAUGUAGAAUUUGUAAAAGUAACAGCUCACUUCAAUGAAAAAGCACAUCCUGAAGUAACUCAUGCGUCCUACAGUUAUGUAUGCACAUAUUGUAGCAUGUUAGAGUAAACAGAACAAUAUUGUUUUUUAUUCAGAGGAAGUAAAGGAAAGAAGGUAGCUGAAGUAUGAGAAUGGAAGGCCCCCGCGUUUGUGUCGUCUGCUCCUGAGGAAACUUGAUGCAGGAAAGGUGUCAGCUUCAGAAAAUAGUGCUGAACUCCAUGGGGUGAUGCCCUCAGCAGCAUCUGUUGUACAUCUGCAGAGUGAAGCAGGCAGACCAGAAUCUGGUGCCUGCUGCAGCAAUGGUCCAUGCUUGAAUCCUGUCAUUUUUGCUUUGGAGGCUUCUUCCCAAGGAAAAGGAUUUCAAUUCUUACUAAACUACAGGUUAUAAAACAAAUUGUGGGUGAUUUGCAAAGCAGUUGAAGGAUUCCAGUUUCACAGCAUCCUCGUGCAAGAGCUUUAUGCUUCUCCCCUUUUUUGAGUCACCUGUUCUUACCUUGCUUUAUCUCCAAUGUAUUACUCCAAAUAGCCCAUUAUUGUAGUGCAGAGAGCAAAGGCUGGCCUUCAGUCACAAGGCAGUGGUGAUAUGAAGACCUGAAGAACUUCCAUGUUUCUGAAAAAUCACAUCUUUACAAGAAAUUAUGAGAAGAAUUUUUUUUUCCUUCACUUAUUUUGAUAAUAGUGGCAUAGGAGGUGCUUCUUGGCAAUGUGGGGAACCCAGACUCCCAGCACUCAGGGUGGGGUUCAUGAUCAAUCCACUCUUAUUUUACAGAGCAAUAACCACAUUUCUCUUAGUGAAUAUGGAAUGAAUUGCAGACCUUCUAUGCUGCAAUAAAUUGGCUUUCUUCCUGCACAGCUAUAUUGGUUAUUCCCUUCCCAAAGAGUUAAAAAGAACACAGAGAGAUUUGGGGCUGUAUUUUGUGCACUAUUGCACAGUUUGUAGAGCUGGUCUUGUCAAAUAGAAAUUCAGAUUACUUUUAAUGCUAAAUAUUUUCUUCUUUGCUUCUUCACCCCAACACUGGAGAAUAGGGAAAAAAGGCAGCCAAAAGCUCUAAAGCUCUAAUAGUAACUGAAUGCAAGUUGUGUGAAGCAGUGGCUCUGUCAGAAGGAACUGUUUUUAUUGACCCUGCUUGUCCAAAAUUUGAGUGGUGCCCAAAUACCAGUGCACAGGAGCCCUGCUUUAGGGAGUCUCCUCUGAACUGAUGGUCUUCUCAGCUGGGGCUGGAGUUUAAGGGUGGCCCAAUCUCCCUCUGAGAGGGAAACAUGCAGUAAUACAUCCCUUGGAUUUUUGUGAUGGCUUUUUGUGCUGUAGUUUUGUUUUGACUUCUGUUCGGCCAAGUGAGUGCACAGCAAGUGCUUGAAUCAGAAUGGGAUUAUUCUGCUUGAAAGACUAAAACUGAAGAGCAAGAAGCACCCUGCUUUCAGGAAUGGAGUGGCUCUCUUAGCAAAUGAGAAUGCCAGGAUUCAGGAGAAGUCUAGUGUUUGUGAAAGACUGAAAGGAAGCAGAGAGAUGCUGCUCUGGAAGCCCUCCUUGAUCCCCAUGAGUUGAUUUCCUUACAGACAUCAGGAUGGGAAGGGAGUUCUCAAGAUUGUGGUGUACCUUUAAUGCACAGAUCAUUCUGUUCCCACCCCAGGUGUUUGAGUUUGCAGCCUCCCUGCAGGGCUGUCAGAUCCCUGAGGAACCACCUGCUUCACACCCUGCCAUUGCUGGAACAGACCCUGGCCAGGGCAGCUGCUCCACCAAAAGGAAAUGUUCUAAACUGAUCUUAGGGAGUCAUGUGGGGGGGACAGCUGAGCACUUGGAAGUUGCUUCUCUGGAGCAGGAGGACUUCCUCUUCACUGCCUCCAUGGGCACCAUGGCUGAGGAAUGGUGGAUCUGCACUGGGCUGCUGUGCUGACUUCUGCACCGUCAGUCAAAGAAGGAUUUUUCUUUUCUCACAUCAGGGAUGAAGACUGUAAAUAAACCAUUCAUAGAACCUGGCACAGCUCUGUCACAGUCACUUUUUUUCUGUUGGACUGUCCUUUUGCUUUCUGGAUGAAGACAUGAGGCUGCAAGGAUGACACAGGAGUGGCCAGAAUUCCUUGCUAGGCAUUACCACUCAACUUACUCUACCAGCAGUGACUGGCCUCAUGAGUCAGUCAUCCUGCCCUGAAGGAACUGUCUAGGAACAGUGUCCACUAAAUAUAAUUUCUACCCACUAGAUGGAACUGAAGGACUGUGACCUGAGUUGACACUGAAUCUGUUGCUGCCUUAUAACUCAAAUCAUUAAUUAUGGAUUUUUUAACAGACAAGAAACACUGAUUAUUUUUUUUCCUUCUGGUAGCUCUAAAGAAAGAGGAAUAGAAUACCAAUAAUGAAUAUUCAUGAUCAAUCACAUUUUGAAAUUUAUGCAGAAGUUCCAAGUGGAUGUGAAUGAUGCUAUUGAAUUGUAUAAAACUGUCUGGAAAACAGGUAUGCUGAAAAAAAAUGUGCCUAAUAUAAGAAAAACUAAAAAAGUAGUCCUGCCUGAAUCACCUAUGAUGUGUUUAAAACAAAUCAUAUUGUUCCUAAUAAUACAUUUGACUUGCUUUCAUUAAACACUUAAAAACAAGA